AUGAUUUCUUUUCAUCAUACAGGCUUUGCUGAUCCACGCACUGCAAUAUCAAACAUAUCUCAGAGCGGUUUGCAUAACGCACUUCACAUCUACAUGAACGGCUCCAUGUCCCAAGUACAAGGCUCUGCAAAUGAUCCUAUCUUUGUAGUGCACCAUGCCUUUGUUGACAGCAUUUUUGAGCGGUGGCUAAGAAGACACAGGCCCCUGCGAGAAAUUUACCCAGCAGCCAAUGCACCCAUUGGGCACAACCGAGAAAACUACAUGGUCCCUUUUAUCCCUCUUUACCGAAAUGGAGAAUUUUUUAUUCCAUCAAGAGAACUGGGAUAUGAUUAUCAGUAUCUGGAAGAACCAGAACUUGCUUCUUUCCAGGACUUUUUAACCCCGUAUCUUGAGCAAGCUCGUCAGAUCUGGGCCUGGUUAGUUGGCGCAGCUGUGAUCGGUGGCAUAAUUACUGCUCUGCUCACAGGGAUUGCUCUUGCCUGCAGGAAGAAAAGAAGAGAAACUUCUGCAGAGAUACAGCCCUUACUUACAGAAAGUGAAGAUUACAAUAAUAUGUCUUAUCAGUCCCAUUUAUAAAGGCCUCCAGUAAUUCAGCAGUGUUGCUAAGGUGCUAAUCAAGCCUGCAGGGUUUGAUUCA